GCUUUAGCAUAGUCUUAGGGAAGCCGGUGCCACGUCUUGGCUCUCAGACAACGCGAGGCAAUCAUGCGAUCGGGUGCUGUUCUUCUCUCGUGCCUGUUGGUCGUUCUGACCAGGGCCGAAAUCAAGACCGAGGAGAAUGUUCUUGUUCUCACUAAAGACAACUUCGAUUCGGCCAUCAAAGACCACAAGUUCAUACUCGUGGAAUUCUAUGCUCCAUGGUGCGGACACUGCAAGGCUCUAGCCCCGGAGUACGCCAAGGCCGCCACCGAGUUGGCUGAGGAAGGAUCCGAGCUGAAACUCGGCAAGGUCGAUGCCACCGAACAAACGGAACUCGGAGAACGUUUCGAGAUCCGAGGCUACCCGACCCUGAAACUCUUCCGUGAAGGUCAACCGGUCGAAUACAAUGGAGGACGCACCGCACCCGAGAUCAUCCGUUGGCUCAAGAAGAAGUCUGGCCCUCCUGCGACCGAGCUCGCCACAGCCGAUGAACUCGCUGCUUUCAAGGAAGCCAAUGAGGUCUUCGUUCUCGGUUGCUUCAAGGACAAGAAGUCUGAAGCCGCUGAGACGUUCUCCAAGGUCGCCGCCACCAGCGACGAUUUUCCGUUCGCCAUCGCUUCUGAGGACGCUGUCAUCGCGGCUGCCGAGGCUCAAGACGGUCAAGUUGUCCUCUUCAAGAAGUUCGACGAAGGACGAAACGUUCUUGACAAGGUCGAGAACGCCGAUCAAGUCAAGGACUUCGUUGUCGCCAACUCCCUUCCACUUGUUAUUGAUUUCACUCACGAAUCCGCUUCAAAGAUCUUCGGUGGUCCGAUCAAGAGUCACAACCUUCUGUUCAUCGAUCAAAAGGCUGGCGAUUUCGACGCCGUUUCCAACAACUAUCGUGAGAGCGCCAAGCAGUUCCGAGGCAAAGUUCUUUUCGUCACGAUCAACACCGGAAACGACGAUCACAGCAGGAUUCUCGAUUUCUUCGGAAUCAAGAAGUCCGACAAGCCUCAGAUGAGGAUGAUCCGUCUCGAAGACGACAUGGCCAAGUUCAAGCCCGAGGACGAAACCAACCUCGACCCCGCGGCCGUUUCCGCCUUCGUCCAGGGCGUUCUCAGCGGCGAAGUCAAGCAACACCUUCUCUCCCAGGAGCUCCCCGAGGACUGGGAUCGCACACCCGUCAAGGUCCUCGUCGCCAAGAACUUCGAUGAGAUCGCCUUCGACAAAUCCAAGAAGGUCCUCGUCGAGUUCUACGCCCCGUGGUGCGGACAUUGCAAGCAACUGGUGCCCAUCUACGACCAGCUCGGUGAGGCUUUCAAGGAUCAAGACGAUGUCGUCAUCGCCAAACUCGACGCUACCGCCAACGAACUCGAGCACACCAAGGUCGGCUCCUUCCCAACUUUGAAGCUUUACAAGAAGGAGACCAACGAGGUCGUGGAGUACAAUGGAGAACGCACUUUGGAGGGAUUGAAGAAAUUCAUCGAAAGCGACGGCGACUACGGAAAGGCCCCGGCUGAGGAUGUUCAAGAAGACGAGGAGAAACAAGAAGAUGACGAGCACGGACCUCGUGACGAACUAUGAGCAGCUGCAAAUCGAAAGAUGCGUCGGGAGAAGAAACUGCGGGAUUCCCGUUUGUACAUUAGUUUCAAUGGAGCGGUGUUGUAUUUAUCUGAAGAGAACUCCUCCUUCAUCUCCUCUUGCGAACGGACGUCGCGCCGUUGAGGAGCUCAAUUCGGUUGACUGAUCGCCUGAUUGAUUCCUGGACGGGAGAUGGCGAUUGUGGUUGUUCUGAAAUUUCCGUGGCUAAAACAACAUUCGCACGAGAAGAUAAUAUGAUAAGGAAUAGUGAAAAGAUGCAAAUACACAGUGAGAGAGAAACUGGGGAAGAAAUAAGCAAAAAGAUGGAAACAAUCAAUAGAUUCUAGUGAAGCUCGGACUAGACAUGAUCCCUGUUCCGGAAGUUUUGCUGUAAAUAAAUUCCAAAUUCAUCGUUGAUUCUCUCGAGUUACACUCCGAAACC